AUGGCAAACGGCCAAGGGCAGGAUGCCCGACCAAUCUUUUUCUUUGACAUUGACAACUGUCUUUACUCUAGAGGCUCUCAGAUCCACGAUAAGAUGCAAGAAUUGAUUGACGUCUUUUUUAUCAAGUACUUGUCACUCGACCCCGAGGACGCAACUAUGCUCCACCAAAAGUACUACAAGGAGUAUGGUCUCGCUAUCGAAGGCCUGACCCGCCACCACAAGAUCGAUCCUCUAGUUUUCAAUCGCGAGGUUGAUGAUGCAUUACCGCUGGAUGAAAUCCUGAAGCCCGAUCCCAGACUGAGAGAGUUCCUUCAGGAUCUUGACACGACCAAGGUCAAGCCUUGGUUGCUCACCAACGCCUAUGUUACGCACGGCAAGAGAGUAGUUAAACUUCUGGGCGUGGAUGACCUCUUUGAGGGCAUCACCUACUGCGAUUAUGGACAAGAGAGACUCAUUUGCAAACCCGCCGAUGAGAUGUGGGAAAAGGCAGAAAAGGAGGCAGGCGCAAAGGCAAUUGAUGAGUGCUAUUUUGUUGAUGACUCCGCACUGAACUGUAAAUACGCAGAGAAACGGGGUUGGAAGACCGCACAUUUGGUCGAACCGAUGCUACAGAUGCCAGCGACCCCAGCGGCUAAAAUCACAAUUCGCCGCCUGGAAGAACUCCGAGAGCUGUUCCCACAGUUCUUCAAGAGCAAACAAGAGAAGACCAAAGCAGAAACGACAUGA